GUGCUUCGUUUCAAGAAUCAAGAGAACAACGAGUUUUUUUCCGACCACUCAUCUUUUGAGUUCAUUUCAAAGUGCACGAGGAUCUUCGUGGUAGUCGUCCAUUUUUUUGCGCUCAAGUAUGGCUUUGGCAGAAACAAAAACGAAACCCAAUCAAUAUACUGAAAAAAUCCGAGCCUUUUUUGGCUCGGAGUCAUCCCUCCGAGAAUUUGAGGCCCUCUCCAACAACGGGGACCGCAUUGAGUUUCUCUUUCGCCAUCCAUUUGUGGAAACACUGUUCAAGAAAAAUGCCCUCGACAUCAAGAACGAGGGUCGACCUCAUGGUAAGAGCAUUUGUGAGUCCAAACGUCAGCGUGAAUUGGGCAACCAAGCCUUUAAGGCUGGAAAUGACGAGAAGGCCUUGAGGUUUUACAAUGAGGCCAUGGCUUACGCUCCGUGGCGUGGCGGUGAGAGCGCCGAGAUAAUCAAGAGCCCUCACAUGGGUGCUAUCAAGUCAUCUGAUGACUUUGCAUUCUCCGUGGCCAACCGCUCGGCAGCCUUGUUUCGCCUACAGCGAUAUUCGGAAACUCUCGUGGAUGUGGAUUUGGCUUUGGCGGCUCAUCAUCCUAAACCUGAAAAAUUGGUGGAGAGGAAAGUGCGUUGUCUGAUCGCCUUGGAUGCUCCUUGGCUAGACAUCCAGGAUGCUGCACAGAGCCAAAACAUCAAAGAAGAAACGUUGAGGCUUUGGCAAGAGGAAUUUAUGAAAGCGCUUCAAUUGAGGUCCUUAUCCUCCAAGAGCCAAGCCAAAAAUGAGGUUCCAAGUGACCCCACCCACAUACGCCGAGAAGCAUCUUUGCCUGUCAUAAAGGAGACCAAUCCAAAUAUACCUGCCUUUUGCAAUGCAGUGGAGGUCGCUUAUCGUCCCGAAAGAGGUCGAUUUGGAGUAGCCUCAAGGGACAUCAGUUUCGGCGAAGUGCUGCUCGUGGAAGAACCCACCGCAGUCGUUCUCAAGGAUCAAGAGCUGCUCGACCAUUGUGAGAACUGUUUCAGGGACAAGCUGUUUUGUGGAGCUCUUCAAGUUCCUUGCUUAUUCUGCACAAGAAGUCGUUUCUGUUCCACCAAGUGUCAGGAAGCGGCUUGGAAAACAUUUCAUAAAUUCGAGUGUCGCAACACGGGCAUGCUUCAAACGAUUCUACGACAGAUUCGAGGCGAGGCGUCGGAUUAUGCAAAUUUGGCAUUGAGGGCUGUAACUCAAAAGCAUUUAUCUUUCUUCGUGGAAAACGCGCCGAAUUGGUUGCAUAAGGAAAACGAAAUGUUGGGCUUGAUGGCUGCUCAGGAUCCCGAUGUAGCCGCCUUUUUGCCCAGCCACUACAAGAGCAUGGUGUCCCUCGUCAAACACAGACAAGAUCGAACUCCGGGUAGUCUGUUUUGGAUCCUGGUCACCUCGUGUCUUAAUUUACGUCAACUGCAGCUGGCAGGCUACUUCAAUCAAAGCGAUGUGGAAUCGCCCAGGCCCAUCGAAUUGAAUCCCACCGUUGUGAAGACCAAGCUGACUUCUGACAUGAAAUUGAUCGGCCAUGUGCUCGUGGAAUUUCUCGAGUUAAUGCAAUACAACACCCACGGCAUUCUCGAGUCGUUUGGCAUUGCCGCUGAUGAUCAGGUUCUUUUCAGUAAUCCUUUGCAAGAUCGUGUUCCCAAACGUCAAAACCGUCCAUUUGGGGCGGGCGUGUUCCCCACGCUGGCCUUGCUCAAUCACUCCUGUGGGCAUAACAUUUUCAAAUACAAUAUUGGAAAGAAAAUAGUGGUCUUAGCCGGAAGGAACAUCCGCCAGGGAGAGGAAAUCACCGAAAACUAUUUUCCUCACCACUAUUACAUGAGUCAGAUCGAUCGACAAAUCUGGCUCCAAGAGCAUUACAACUUUCGCUGCGAAUGUAAAGCCUGCAUUGAAGAUUGGCCUACCCUGGGAGUAUUGGUGGACUUUCGUCAAUGGGCCUUUCCCUUGAGGGCCCACGAAUCGUCCAAAGAGCGUUCCAAAGCGGCAGAAGAGGAAAUCAAAUCCGUCAUGGACCAGGUCGAUCAGAUUCGCAAGUCGUUCUUAGCCCAGAACUCCUGUCUCUUAAUCUCUGAGGCCGAACGUUUGAUCAUCAAGUUUCGAGAGGGCUUCAAAGUUCUCGACCGUCAUAUUCGAUAUCCAUCAAAAGAACACACGCAGGCCUCAGAAACGUUUAUCAGCCUGCUCACAUCAAUUAGAGGCAACAGGCGGGAACUUUUCUCAACCUCGUUCUAAAACAGUAAAGAAGCCCGCAUUGCGCUCCACGUUCAAAUAGAGCCCAACGUCAAUACAAACCCGAAAGAAGGUCUGUCGAUUGAUCUACGUAAAAGCAACUGAAGAAAGACUCUAGGUUGACCGGAUCCGAGUGUUGUUUCCGGUACGGUCUCAAUGCUCUACCGAUGCCAUAAUGCCAAAGAUACGUGCGUCCCUGUCAAUCACUUUUGUACGUCGAACUUCUUAAACACACACACACACACACGUUAUGUGUCUGCCAUUGUUAAUGCUGUUACUUUUGUCAUUGUUCAUCCCAUCAUUUUUGACAUAUGCUUCAACAAAUUCAACGACUCUCUCA